AUGCGUUCAUGGCUCGCAAACCUGUCACAUGCCACUGCCCUCGCUGAACUGAGAACUUCGGAGGCCUGCACUCUGAAAGCGACUGCCCUCCGUAGGUGAUUGAACCUAAUUUUCUCUCCUUGUAAAAGUACAGCCUGGCGAGGGGACUGGAACUGCCUUAGAGGACGCCAAUUAUCCACUUGUAGGCCGGCGGACAGUCGCACUCCAGUGGUGUUUCAAAGGCCCCCGCCGCCUGCACAUCGUGAACUUCAAUGAGGAUGCACUCAGCCAACUGCGGCGAUCCAGAGGAAAGGGUUGGCUGCCAGGAUGCAGGAAGCAAAAUUUAAAUUCAGGCGAAGUCGCUGGUUCAUAGCAAGCUCGUAGUCUGCGUUUCGAGAUGGUCUGGCUUUCUUAUUCGCGCUAGUCGUGUAAUUCACAGUGGUUUUAUACUCCAAGCUCUCCUCGUGUAUCUGUGAACCAUUUUGCGCACUUUCUAUGUUGUAUAAGUUCCAAAUUUUGUAGGAACGGCAAAAUGACGCGUAAUCCUGCAAAAGUGCCCAAAUUUGACGAAAUGGCCGAAACCUAAAUCCCACCACGUUCAAUUGGGAAUCUGUCACUCCUGUGCCCUUUUACCUAAGUUCUAAACCCUCGUGACAUAAAAAAAAAUCCCGCCCUCCUGAGGCCCCAACCCCAAGAACAUUUCCAUUAACUCCUUCACGAGGUAUAGGAGGGGAAUGACAUGUAGAAAUAACAUUCGUAAAGGUGGCGAUCUAAAUUGUGCUGGAUAUCCGGCCGGUCAUUGGGGAAUCGUCAAGAACAAGGACUUUGAAGAAAAAGGAAUUUUGACAUAUUUUAGCUGGAUUGAGGACUGACUCAUCUUCAAUAGUUGGCGUGAGCAGAUCUGUGGGGGGGGGAGAGUCAAGGGACUGAGGGUCAGACUGUAAUGGUCCCUUCUUAAUGUAACUUGUGCGGAAUUCUCAUUGGUGCGAGGUCCGAGAUGCCUUAACUGUACCAUAGUGCAUGUACAGGGAACCAGACUUAAAAUAUUUUCUUUAGAAAAAUGUUCUGUGGCUCUGGCAACCCACAAUCUACUCCUUAUCACUCAUUCAAAUUUCGGUGAGGAGACUCCAUAUGCUUCAUCACCUACAGUACAUAUUAACUGAAAAUAACCUACAGCACCAACAUCUCCUGCAGCUAUGGAUGUGAAGGAGCCGUUCGCUCAGGACGUCAAAUAGUCCAAUAUCCGCUGGCUCAAUACAGCGCUUGCAGUGUAUUGUGACGUGUUCCACUUUCAUUGUAGCGAGCAUCCGCAACAAAAGACUGUGAAGAAAGUCCCUGCUCAAGGGGACAAUCUCAUGAAAUGAAUUCUCCUCUUGCAGUGUUUUGUUACGGUAUUUGUCAAAUUCGUGUCUAUAGAUUUCAUCUUUUUCCAAAGAAAGAUCAAAUUUUCUCAUGCGUUUCAUCCAUCUUCUGCUCCAGACAAAAUAAACCUUUUCUCUACGUUGUGAGUCCUUGUUGAGCGCUGACCUACAGUAGGUGGGCUAACUCAUGAAAUGUCGGCCGGAAUUCCGAAAUGCGUUUUCGUUUCGAAAAGAUUUAUUAAGUAGGGUUUUAAAACUUGUCCUAUAAUAUUUCAGUUGCCUCAGAAUGCCGGCUUUCGAACGAACUUAAUUCCAGCUGCGUGCAAAAAUUACACUCUGUAAAAAGUGACUACUUCAGUAGCAUGAAUUUUUCAAAUUGGUUUUUAAUGCCCCUAAAAGUUCAAUUGUUUCAUGGUAAAAAUGCACAAAAAUAUUCAUUCUCCCGCUCAUUCGGUAGAAAACUACGUCUUCUUCCAAUUUUAUACUCGGAGGAGCAACAUAAUUCGGUUUUAAAACAGCUUCUAAUUAUAGGACUUUUAUGUACUGUAAAAUGGCCGUUCGUGAAUCGUUAUGUCUCUGCAUUUAUCAAUGUGGCUUUUAAAGUUAACAAUAUGACUCAAAUCCACUGUUAAAUUUUAUAACCCCAAAAUAGUCUCCCUUUAUUACCCUUGAGAAAUGUGUGGUUUUCCGUACGCGGAAAAUAUACGGCUUGUAGGUUGGAAACCCUGAAUCCAAGUGUAACGGUGAAGCGGAUUCAAAAUUAUCGGCGAGUUCGAAUCCAAGGUGCCGCAACUCUGGGGCUCGGAGUAUGGCUAGUUGACGACGGCUUGUAAAUCAGAAGAGGUCAUUCCGGUCUCCCUUGUCUUUGUCUGGAUCGCACCUUUGUCAAAGCAUUAUUCCCCCAUCGAUCAACGUGGUACUCAUUCCAUUUCUAAUUUAUUUAGCAGCAGAAAUGGGUUGCGGCAAAAACUUGUUAUCACAUACAGUACCUCUGCUAACUCAUGAAAUGUCACAAAUUAACACAGGUUAACGACUUUAACGCAAAAUCGGUAAACACUACGGCUCCCAAAGUCUGAUAGCGGAAAAUAAACGAUGUGUCAAAGAAAUAAAGCAAGGUUUGGUUAAGAAAAUAUUAUUUACUAAGAUAAAAAUAAAUAAUUUUCGACAAAAGUCACAUUUUCGAGAAACGCCUAUAUUACAACCAAGUUGAUAAAGGCUACGUAUGAGGACGUAUAAAGGAGCAGGGCGCAUAAAAGGUCAAAAAUAAUUAAGGACAGAAACAGAUACAAAAAAUUAGUACUUUGUAGAUUGUCCAUUCGAAUUAAUAACAGCAGAAAGUCUGUCCGACAUAGACAUGACAAGGUUAUCUAUGGUGGAUUGUAAAAUGUAACUAUUGAGUAUGAAAUCCAAUUUUUCCUGCAUUGAAAGAGUCUUUUUAGCUUUGUGCCAAUUUCUUUUGACUAUUCCAAAAAGAUUUUCAAUAUGAUUCAAAUCGGGACUGUUGGCCGGGAUGAAAAUGGAUUGGAGGCCGAUGGCGGAGAGGGUGGUUGUAGUCUAAAAUGCUGGAUUAUAUUUGCAAGCGGCAUCAAAUUCGUACCUCUUUAGAGCGGUGGACAGGUGCAUUGUCCUGCAAAAUUACAGGAUCCAUUCGGCGCCGACUUAUGCCGUUGUAGCCGAAAGCAUCCUUGACAAUUGCAAUAAACACCUUGCUGUUGAUGGCGUCGGAUGUUGACCGCCAGACAGGCCACUCACCGAAUUUAAUCGCCAUCCAAACAAUCAUCCGCCGACAGUUCUUGAAUGUUGCCGUCGGUGUAGUGUGUUCUCUUGGGAAGUUCUUUCCACAUAUGACGGUUUGGAGCGAUUUCGUAGGCUUGUCUAAAAAUAGAACCUCAUCGCAGAAGAAAAUGCUUUUCCAAAAUGAAGAUCCGUAAUCAAUAUAAUUCUUAGCAAAUAAAAGCCGUUCUCUAAUUAGUUUUCUACUUAAAUAUGGCUUAAUCAUGGCCUUCCGCCGCUGCAGUUCAAAUUCCUUCAUCCUUUUCCUAAUGAUGUUCAUAGAAAACAUCGGCAGAUUUUCCCGCUGAAUGGUCUCAAUGGGCAUGUAAUGAAACUUUUUUAAUGUACGACGAAUAAAAUCGUCGUCUUGCUUACUUGUGGACCGUUUUGGUCCCCCUAUCUUAUUUCUAGGAACAGUUUUAUCAUUAAUAAUGCGCCACAGAGUGACCUUGCUAAUAUUGAAAAUACUAGCUAACGACUCACGCGGGAUUCCCUCCGCCGCUAAUUUUCGGAUGCGCUAGAAGUCAACUUCGGAUAAGUAUUGUUUAGACAUAGGUAUCGUUUGGCGUGGUAGAGAAAAGUGACGGCAUGUCGCGCGAACUCAAUAUAUAUUCGUUUACGACACGCAUUUUCAGUCUGGUAAAACAAUCACACUGAUAAACUUUUUAUUUCGGUAUUUUGAAACAUAAAACUUUACGAAUUUGUAAAAUAGAAUUUUUAGAUAAAGAAUCGCACGUUAUUUCCUGAACACAAUAGGAAAUAAUUUAUCUGCAUUUCCCUGAUUUUGUUGAUAUUGAAAUUUAAUUUUUUCUUUUUGUUCGAAAGUUUAUUAAAAAAUUUCUUCCGUUUAUUAAUCUUCUUAAACAGAUUAAUAAGGUAACACAAAGAAUUUCCAUUCGAAAGCUGUAAUAGCGUAGGAAACGGCUUGAAUAACAGGAAUCCUCUGAUUUCGCCUAAAUCCAGCCCGUUUUCUAUUUAAUAUACAGAUCCGUAUCAAACUUUCCUUCAGAAAACGGUCUUUUCGUCCUUAUUUCAACUAAAUAAACACAAAUAACGACACCAAAAAUACGCUACAUUUUCCAUUAUAAUUUUGACCUCGGCAUUUCAUGAGUUAGCACAGGUACUGUAUGUCAAAGCUGAUACAUAGUGGGACAGGUUGCGUCUACUCCUAGGAUAUUUGCAUAUGCCUGAAAAUUAUUGGUGCGGUGGACCGGAAUGAUGUCCUUUUGACAUUACAUGGACCCAACAUGAAUUCAUUACAAAGUACGAUUUCUGAAAUCGAAAAGUCUUCCGCUUUCAAUAAAAUUGCCGCGGUUAUCCACAUCAUGCAGGCGCAACUGCCCAGUUCCGAUCUACCACGGCUUAUUUUGAUGGCAGAUCGGGGAGGGCUCGGCUGUAGGCUGCGCCGACUUGAAGGCCUAAUCGUCUCGAACGGCUUCUGUCGAGGUUUACGGGGAAAUUUCAUACCAUUGGAAGAAGAAGAAGAAAGCGGUUUUUUGUUUGGUGCUGUCGCAGAUUACUGCAAAACUUGACAAUGGAAAUCCAACAGGUCAUGCUGGCUAGAUCCAGUUCAGAUAUGGGUCGACUAAUUUAAUCACUCGGGUAAUCAGUUUUCUAUUUUGCGGCACACUUGAACACUUCAGCAACUGACUCACCGCUUUCUGCUCCUCAAUAUCUAUGAGCAGACGUAGAAACGCGUUAGAACCGCCGACCUCUUCCGCGCACACAAGCCCGUCACCUGCCAGGGCGUGUGCCGAUGUCGGUGACCUGCUGAGGCUCACUCUGCAAGCGCCCCCCCCCCCCACCCUCUGCAGUUGUUGCAUUUACUUUUCUCUUCUCGUAAAAGUACACCUUGGCAUAGCGUGCAGGGGACUGUAAAUGUUAUACUCAACACCACGGAAAACUGCGUAGAUAUCAAGCAACGCCCGAGGUUGCCUCCAAAUGUCUAACAGACAAAAAUGACAACGCCCAAUGUUUUGCGGUUAUUCCUAGAACAUUUGUGCGUGUAAAACGAUUUCGCGUGUCUUGAACCAAGAAAGACUUUCCGUUGGACUUAUAGGGGGGCCCAAGAUUACCCUGGUUACAAAGAGUGACUUCUUCAGCUGAAAACACUUCCGUUUUUAUGAAUACGUCAUUAGCCACAUUACAAGAUUAAGCUUCAAGCUGCCGGAGUUUGCUUUGGCGAACCGUUUUCACUUGAAUUAAUGCCCACACACUCCCGCUAGCGAAACGCUCGCAAGUAUGCAAAUACGAUCAACAAUGGUUAUCUUCAUAGAAGAUUGUCUGGGUAUGACGAAAUGUCGACGUUCAUCCAAAACUACACUGAUAAUCUUGACCAGGAUUGAUGAGGAGCGUACUCUGAGUGAGAGUAAGGUUACUUGCGCGAGAUGCUAAUUUACCACGUGGCGCACCUUCGAGCGGAUCUAGGCUAGCCUGGACUUCGGUGUCCUGCUGCUCAAACUGCACUCUGACAGCUCCUUCUCCCCCCCCCCCCCACCCUCUCUAGUCGGUGGCAUCCAAUUUCUCUUCUCGUAAAAGUACACCUUGGCACGACACAGCGAGGUCAAGACUGCAGUAGAAGACAUGAAUGGUGGACUUGUGGGCGGGAGGCGAUUUACACUCUGGGAGUGUACCAAAGGCCUCACCGCCUACGCAACGUGAAUUUCAGCUGGGGUGGGUCAGAUGAAGGAGGGGAGGGCGUGCCUGUUGAGAUUCAAGAGGUAGAACGUCAUUUCGAGCAGUGCGCCGUUCGCAGCAAGCAGUGGGUGAUGGUCUGGAUUCCCUUUUAAUCCCAUUCGGGCCUAACAACGUCCUACUUAAUCAACUCCAAAGUUGUUUCAAACCGUAAAUCCUCAUUUUCAGCAAAUAUGAGGGUUGUCUGACUUCCAAAUUUCAUGGAGGCCGAGGUUUUUAGGGUGACACAUCAUCCUAUAGAAAUGUCCAUCCUUAACAAACCGGCCGAAACCCAAACCCGGCCAUGUCUCUUGGUUCAAUUGUCAGUCUUGCGCAAAAGUGAAAAACUCUCCCUUUCCAAGCCCCGGUCAGAGGACUAUUACGACAAAGGUUUUCACGCAGUAUAACAGACGGACAGCAUAACCAAAUAAGAGUAAUCAGGAUGGCGGUAGAAUCGCGUAAAUAAAGAGGAAACAAAUCCAUGUAUGCAAAGGAGGGUCCUAAUCGGUGCGAGGGAACUUGUAGGUAUUGAUAGACCGGUGAGAUUUUUAAGAGCGAUCAAAGUUAAACUUUUUGGAGGGGAAGCAAUUUUGGCACAUAUGGCUUGGAAGGUCAGUUGGCAAACAUAUGUUUUCAGUAAUUCCUCAUCAGGCCAACACAUAGGUAGUGAUCUUUUUAAUUGUAGACAGGAUGUAGAUGUGUCUCAUGGACAGGGUUAGUCAGACUACAUGUUCCCACGCGGCCCACGUGACGGAGUCAACGUGUUGAGGACGGUGAGAUUGGGGUGGGAGGAGAGGAGGAAGGAGAGGGGUUCCGGUCUCGGGGGCCGAGUGGGAACAUGGAGUCUGACUAACCCUGCCCCUGAGACAUAUAUAUGGCUUGAUUGAUUAUUGACCCACUAUGAGAAAUUGACGUUUGCAUAAGCAGGGCGACGUAAUAAUCGCGACCCGUUAGCGUCCUUGAAGAAGUAAGAAAGCGGAAGCCUACUGGCCUCAGGACAUAAAGUUGAAAAAGGCUUGCUAAACCCAGAAGGUAGACGGAUUUACUGUAUGGUGUGGUCUGUCUUUGCAAGCAAGUACAGAAGGCUGACACUAAGAGUAACCUUCAGUAAAUCGGAAGGCAGGGUAGGUUAGAAAGGGACGGAUCAAAAAAGUGUAAACGGUCGUCUUCAGUCGUAAAAAGUUGGACUGGAUUGCAGAGGUGCAAGCCCUGGCAUCUGUAGACCUGACGGGCGGUGAUCUGCCCAUAAGAGCCACAAGCUGACGGGGAGUCAGAAACAAAGUCGAAACAAAUGCUAUUCUUGUGUUCCGGCGACCGAGUUUCCUUUUGCUAACAGUUUUGUAAACCCUCUUCUCAAUCAGAUGUUUUUAUUUGCUUCCAAACUGCUGCAUCUUUUUGGGGCUCCAGGCAAAAAUUGGAGGGGACAUUACAGUCAACUUCUGGGGAUUAUUUUGCCAGAGUCUGUUGGCUUCAUACAACUAGAUUUUUUUUCGGACUGGGAUUACAGUGAGCCCUUGCUACCUUGCGUUCUGACUUUUGCGGCUUCAUUUAAUAUAUUUCACAGAUUUUUCGCCGGUUCGCGGGUUUCUGCGCACAGUGCGACCGUUUAUUCCUGGUACAUGCUUCUUCAGUUCGUGUGCGUAGUUGCUUUCAUAUUCGAGGCGCUAGUAUCUAAUAGAAUAUAAAUUGCUUUGCUGUAUGACUGUCUGAAUAAUGAUUAUAAGAAUGUGGGAGGGUUUGCAAAGGCUUGGAAGGUAUAAAAAGAACCAUAAAACACAUGGUUUCUAUCUCAUAGGUUUUCACUAUUCGCAGGACGUCCUGGAAAGCAAAUCCCUUGAUCAGGGACCAAUCACUGCAUCUUUGUUUUAUUAUCUUUUCUCUGAUUAACCUACUCGGACUUUCCCAUUAUAUGUAAAGAGGGCAAACAAUAUCAGAGGCAGGUGGUGGGUGCAUGUUAACGCCGGGCUGAUCCGGUCGGGAUUUUUCUGUAUGCUUUGGAAGCCAUAGUGCACUUUGUUUGCAACGGCACCCUCAGCUCGACCCUUGAGAGAAAUUUAUAAUGAGCAUUAAAGAGUAGACCCCUGCCAACUGCUUUGAAAUGAAUACAAAUGCAAAUUUGCCAGAUGGAAAAAGGUUUAAGCCAUCACCAAUCUGAUAAUCUUAAUUCCAAAACCGUACUUACCGAGAAUCCUAGUACUUUACCAACGUAGCAAAUAAAAAGACCAACCACUGUCACUGGGGAAAUGGCUCUGACAAAUUUCGUGAUUUUUGGGCAGAAAGUUAAAAUGGGCUCUUUAGGGUAGCACUGCUGCCUCUAACACAGUUCUCUCUAAUUUGGGCUAUUUCCUGCAGAGAAAACUCAAUGUUUGGUAUAAUUUAACACGUUGUGCAUUCUCCAGUUCUCCAUUUGGGCAAGGAUAGGGUAUAUGCUCGAGGUAGCAAAAUGCCAACUGUUAUUUAACAAAUCCACCAGCGUCUUAACACUUCAGCUCCAAUGUCUGACGUAUGCAUUCCAAUAUUUUGAGUAUUUUUGUUACCACCUGACUUCUCUCGCUGCGGCGCUUUUUUUAGAAAUGAGCUUUCAUCUUACUAAUGAAUUACGUGUAGGCGUGCAGAACGACGAACCAAUGUAGACAUUUCGGCAGCGCCGACUCCUCGGGACGGUGCAGGUCAGCGAAUGUCAUCCUGCCGACGAAGGACUGGCCAAAACCCUAUCGAACAACGGCUACUUUAAAAAAAAUAUUGUAGGCAGUCCUCCACGGUUUUUAUUCCUCCCACGCAUAUGCUCAAUCCUUACCUCGUUUUUAGAUGCAUUUAAGUUUUUGUCUUAUAAGAACUGCAAUCUGCAACCCUUAUUACAUCGCAGUCUGCGAGAAGCUCCGAGGUGGUUAUGCGCUCAAAUUUUCCAUCGAAGAACAGAGAGUUAGUAUGCUUAUGCAGUCUCUCCGCAGAUGCCACCAAAUGCUCCAUUGUCUGUACUCCAAUCUACAGCGGCAGAAACUGGCAGGAGAAAGGCAGUGGUGAACUGCUAGUAAGUCUCAUCCAUGCACGAUGUGUGCAUGUGUGUUUGAGUGCUAGUUUUUGUCCCCCCCCUCAAACGGGCCUUGUGGUAAACGUGCUGGACCAACACGGGACCAUAUCGGAUUCUGACAGGCGUUUUCGGAUUUGCGCACUGAGUGCGGUGGCAGACCCGGUUGUCGGCAAGCGUCGCACACACUGGGACCCCCGCCGCCCUCUCCAUGGUUAUUGGUGGUCAGAAACCUGAUCAUUUGCUGUGUGAACCAGGGGGUGUGGAAUGGAGCGCCAAGGUGCGGGCUCGACCGUGACAUCCACCGGAACCCUAACCCGCCUCCAAUCUUCUUGACUCUGUGUUGAAACCGGCUCCAGGUGGGGAGGGGCGGAGUGCGGCGGAUGCUACGCAAGUCUACUCUCACUAUAAACUAAUUCACGUACAAAUCACCGUUUCUGCUCCGCCAUGCUGUAGAGCACACAGUGGACACCGUCGGAAACGACGGUCGAACUGUCGUCGAGUGUUGGUUUGCUCCCGGUAGUGAACAUAGAUCGAGAAUCAGCCAACCGCCCUCAGUCUCCCGUUCACCUUUGUCGGUCUACUGUUUUCGUUUCGAUUGCUUCCUGAGCUCAACAUUCCAAUGUGAGUAUGCAAUUCAAUGCUUGAGCCUGUAAUCAACAACUAGCUCGGCUCGGUUUCAAGUCACGGGUCGUCCCAACCUGCUUUUAUGAUGGCUGGUGGUGACAAUCAUGCCUGAGAUGGCAAUUUCAGUCUUUUGGUGGUGCUCCUUCACAUAUCGGAGAGUGACCAGACGGAACGACAACAAAUGAAUCUUAUUACCCUUAGCAAAAACGAUGCCCGCAUCGUCCGCCUGCACUGGAUCGCGAUCGAGUAUCCUGCCACAUAAAUUUCCGAAAAGGCGUUUCGUUUCCUUUUUUGGAUCCAGUAGCAGCUAAGUUGCUGCGUCCACCAACCCAACGUGAUUUUCUUCGUAUCAUCUGUCGAGAGUCGACACAUCGGUUUUCAGGAGUCAAUAAAGCAAAACAAACAUUACAAUCUGACGUGAUACAGUGACGGACGUAGAGUAGGAGGACUGACUCAUGAAAUGUUAACGGAAAUUCCGAAAGGCGUUUUUGUCUCCAAAAGACUUAUUAAGUAGGAUUGUAAGACUAAUCAUCAUGCAGCGUAAUUCUGCCAUAAUUCAGUUACUUCAGGAUGCCGGCUUUUAAAUGAACCUCUUCUUGACUUCAUGUAAAAACCAAAGUUUGUAAAAAUGGACUGCUUAAAAAGCAUGAAUUUUUCUCAUUGAUUUUCGAUGCUCUUGACACUUCAACUGUAUUUCACGAAAACCAUGCAUAAAAAUAUUCAUUCUAUUGCUCAUUUGGUAGAAAAUGAUGCAUCCUUACAAUUUUAUGCUCGAAGGAAGAGUAUAAUUCUCCUAUAAAAGGGUUCUUAUUUUGAGAUUUUUUAAUACCGCGGAAUGGCUGUUCAUAAAACGUCAUGCCUCCGCAUUUACUUAUGUGGCUUGUAAAGUUAACAAUAUGGCCCAAAUCCACUUCUAAAUUUUAUGAACCCCAUAUGGUCUGCUCUAAAUAUCGCAGAGAACUGCAUGGUUUUCCGCACGCGAAAAAUAACCGCGUUGUAGCCUGGUAACCCUGAAUGCAAGUGUAACGGCAGGUCGGGCUCAAAAUUAUUCGAAAAUUGGAAAGGUUUUUGAAAACCAGGUUAUACCCUUCUUUCGAGUAUAAACUUGGAAGAAGACGUAAUUUUCUAGCGAAUUAUUUUUUAUGUUUAGCCAGUUCUCUUGGCUGGACUGCUUUUCCACUUCUCUGGAUUUUGAUUAUCGGUAAGGUCAAACAUUUGUCGUCUCAAAAUGAUGGCUUCAUCUUAUUUUCCCGUCCUGUGGAGCUCGCUCCCCCUCGCGUUUAUUAUGUUGGCCUCCCCCCGUCUGCAAUGAAAUCUAUUGAGAAGUUAAGAAAAAGGAAUUCCCCAUUCCUGAUGUCUCCUUCUAAUCUUAACAAUGGGUGAACUGUGAGAUUCCUGCAUUUCAUGAAAUAGCAGAGAUGAACUCUGAGCUGAUGGGAAUUUCACUUGAAACGCUUACAGUUACAGCGAAAACCGCAGAGGGCAUGUGUGGAAACCGACGGGUGAGCCAAACCUUCACGGCCACAAAUAUCUGUGAAACAUGCUGGGGGAUGUGGGGGAAAACAUUUCUAUGCAAACAGCCUAGUUAGACACAUAGAUAUGGGCUAUAUAACCGAAAGAAAAGAUUUUAUACCUCCUGGUCCAACGGAGGAGGUGGGAAAAUCCGAUACGAACAUGGAAACAAUAACCAAUACAAAGUAUUACUACUUUGUUGAUUGUCCCUUUUGCUGCCAAUGACGGACUGGUCAAUAGAGUUUUUAGCAUAAAAGCCAACUUUUGUUGCCCUGAAAAGUUUUUCCUUUUUGAUAGACUUUAGGUCCAGGUUGUGGGCAGGAAAGAAGUGCUUGCAGACCGCGGGCGGAGAGGCCGGCCGUGGUCCAAAAUAUAGAUUAUUAUCUUAAGCCAUAUCAGAAGCAUGCUUCCCUUGAGCAGUGAACAGGAGCAUUAUCCUGCAGCGUUGUGUCCAUUCGCCGUCUUUGAAUACCAUUGCGGCCAAAGGCAUCCAUUACGAUGUCAAUGAGCCUCUUGUUAUCUAUGGCGUCGAUCGUCAUAUUAGCCGUUCCCGGCCAUUCAAACCACCAGGUGACAACAGUCCUUCAAAAUUGUUAACGACCGACCGAGCCGACUUCGGAAACUUGUCUAGAAAUAAGCCCUCAUCACGAAAGUUGAUUCUCUUUCGAAGUGGAAGUCCGCGAAUAAUCUACGCUUGAACAAAUACAGAGGCCCUCUAACCAGGUUCUUACUCAAACAAUGGCUUUAUCGUGUCGUUUUGCCGAGAAAGGCCGAACUCUUUCAUUCCUUUCCUAAUAAUGUCGGAGAGAACAUUAGUAAAUGUUCCCCGGGAGUAGUUUUAAUGGGCAUAUGACGAUACCUGUUAGCGUACAACGUAUGAAGUCGUUGUAUGGCUUCCUUGUAGGCCGUUUUGGUCCGCUCGCUCAUUUCUAUUAUUAAUAAUUCGCCAAAAGGAACUGCUUCGACGUCUUUAUUGCAUGACGGGGCAAAAGAAAAUGGCAAUGUGUCAUUGGUUUUUAAUUCGCAGUGUGCCAAAAAGUACCCUGUUUUAUGAUAAAAAACUUCACCGGUCUGCAAGUGGGAAUUACUACUUCCUGAUCCGCCCCUCGAUUAUCAAAAACAAUAAGAUUUCUCAAACCUGAUCUCGCCUGGUUUGUACGGAUCAAAAUCAGAUUUUUCAGUUCUAGAAGAAACCAAUUUGAUGCCUUUCUUACCUUUACUGAAGUAAUUAAUCGGUCUUGGCUUAUGAUACCUAAAAGUAAAAAUUGACUACUUAAGUCGCAUACAUUUUUCACAUUGAUGUUUGAUGGUCUUAUCUACCCACACAUAUUUUAUAAAAAUCAUGCAUAAAAUGGCUUUUUUUACUUAUUUGGAUAAAAAUCACGUCUUUUUUAAAUUUUAUACCUUAAGUAACGCAAAUUUUCGGUUUCAAAAAAGUUUCUAAUUAUGUGCUUUUUAAGACCGUGCGACAUCCGUUCCUACAGCAUCGCACACGUUCGUUUACCAAUGCUCCUCCUGAAAUGUACAACAAAGUCCGCAUCCACGGCAAGAUUUUAAGAACUCUUUAUGGUAUCUUCUUAAAGGCAUAUAGGAAUAUAUGAUUUUCCCUAUGCGGAAAGCGCACAUCUUGUAGAAUGUAAUCGUUAAACGCCAAUCCAAAGGAUGAUCAGGCUAACAAUUAUUCGGGAAUUGGGAAAUCUUUCAAAACUUUUAUAUGCACUUUCUUCGGGUAGAAAAUGUAAAGACAACGUGAUUCUCUACCAAUCGAGUUAAAAAGGCAUACUUUUGUGCAUGUUUUCUGUAAAAUAUAUUUGGAUUUAUAAGACCAUCGUAAAUCAAUACGAACAAUUUAUACUACCUUAAUAGUCAUUUUUUGCCGAUUGUAGUUUUUGCAGGAGGUCAGAAAGAAUUACAUUCAACAGCCGACCUCCUGGCAAGUUUGGAAUACUAUAGGAUCAUGCCGCAUGAUAUUCAGUAUUACUAUGCCAUCUAAGCUAUCCUCCCUAACCGAAAACUCACUUCAGAAUUUCGGCCAACAUUUCAUGAGAUCGAUCACGCACUCUAUGAUAUUCAGCAGUAUAGGAAACUACCUGAGUAUCGGGAAAUGUACGAUUCUGCCUAUAGCUGCCCUGUAUCUCUUUAAGAAAUCAGACUAGAAGAGUUUUCUAUUUCAGUAAAAGGUCUUCUGCACUUCAAAGUAGCCUUAUAAACAGAAAAGUGACAACACCCGAUGUAUGUAUGCCAUAGGACUUAUUCGUGAGUUGCGUCACCUAUAGCAAAUGUCCCUGGCAGUGGAUGAUUGUAAUUUCCACGGUGGCCUUAAUCUUAUACAAACACGCACCGCAAAUCUGCCAUGAGCCGCAUAAGAUAAAUCGGUUGGUUGCAUGUAUAGGAAAUUGUUGAUGAGCUGGUUAUCUUUCACAGGCAGCGCUAACUUCAAAUGGAAGACUAACUGAUAGUUGCCAAAUUAAAAGCCUCCUCCCCCGCCUGAUUGUUCCCACCCCUUCUCCCCCUCCCAUGUCCCGAUGUUGAAAUACCGCGACUGUGCUCUGUGUUGUCUGUGCGGAAUUCCAGUUUAUCCAUUCAGUUUGGGUAUUUACUGGCAAUGAUGCUGAUGAGGAGGAGGAGGGGAUCCAUGAACUCAUCAUAGGGAGCGGUGCUCACUUUCCGACUAUCGGGAGUACGAUUCUUCAACUUUGUUCAUUCCUGUUCGUUGGUAGGGCCCACGCAUACGAUGGCACGGAAACCAAUGAGGCAUAAUCGAGGCGUUUACUGGCAGCGACUGAAUGGCCGUUUCAAGCUUAGUUGAUGCCGUUACUCAUUCCUGAUCCGAACUCAGACGGGCAAUACCUUGGAUCAGAUUUAGAUUAAAGUUUACUACUUUAGGGGCCCACAUUCGGUCUGUUGUUGUCAGCGGUCUUCGGGCACAUGGUAGUGACGGCACGGAAUACAACAUAUCUGUGUGAGACUCUCAGCCGCUGAUCUGCGUGCUAAGGACCGAAGGCCUGCACUCGGACGGUUAAACAAACUGUUAGGCAGUCAAAAUAUAAAGAAACUUUGUCGAAAUUAUAUUUCAACGAAAUUGGCUGACUUUCCUUAGCAGUCCGGACUGCUUAAGUUGAUCCAGUCAGAAAAAUAAGACGCUUAUUUUGAAUUAAAUUUUUGCUGAUUUCAGAUAGUUAGCGCAGUAUGCGCGAGAAAUAUUCAGUCGCUGAACGAGAAUUCUCGAUGUGCUUUCAGACGGAAAGAAUUACUUCAGUAAGGCCGCAAAAUCCGUUUGGUUGGGAGCAUCGCCCCAAGUUAAUUCCCACGUGACAGUACACUGUCUGUCGACUUAGUGUGCUUCAAGAUCUCCUUGAGGUGCAUACAUUUUUCCAGUCUGUGUUUAUGUCCGUUUAUAAACUUUUUUACGUUACUCCCAGAGCAGACAACGCCCUCGUUAAAGCUGACACUUGAAAUGGGGUUUAUGCUGAUUUUGCAAAGCUAACAAAUAUUUAAAAACGCUGAGGCCUGCAUAGGAUUCUUCAUGUAGCUCAUUAUCACUCAGUUUACUAGCGUCGAUUCCACGGUAUGUAACCUGAUCCACAUAAAUUGCAAUACAUUAUGAGUUCCAGGAAAAGUUUACCUAAACGCAUGUAGAGUUGCGUGAAUUCUCUUUAAAUAAUGUGAACGCUAUUUGUUGCAAACUUUCGCAAAACAAACGAAGACACAGUUUUUGUCUCGAACCUUAUAGGUGUAUAUGGUUUCCCAAAAUGAAAUUAUUCCUUCAGUUCAUGUGUCAAAUUUGAAUAAUCCGGGCGAAUAUGAUAAAUUACUUUUGGGCCAUCGUCUCCAUGCAAUGUGAUUGAAUUUGGAUAAGAGUCGGAAGUUGUUAAAAAAUUAACAUCAUUUUUUUAGUGUUUCGUGUUUUACGUGAUUUGCACAUGUGCCUGGAAAACAUCCAGUCGAAGGAGUUGACUUUGGCAUUGAUAAUGCCUUAUUACUCAGUUUUGCGUUCAAAAGCUUACGGGAUUUGAAAUAGCACCGGUGUUGUUUGAAAGGAUCCGAUUUCUACAUAAUUGAGACCGUCACAGUGAAUGAGGAUUAUCCUGUCAGAAUGCAUCUGAUGUUUCCACUAAAAGGUUUGACAUUCUGUAAUUGAACUCAUCUGCCAUCUUCUCUCAGCAUUUAUGUAGGCUGUCUAGUUAUGAGAGUAUUUGGUUUGCCAAUAGGAGCAAACAGGCGAGUUUCAGGCACAGUUCAGAAGAAGAAGAAGAAGAAGAAGAAGAAGAAGGAGGAGGAGGAGGAGGAGGAGGAGGAGGAGGAGGAGCGAUCGCUGGAAUUCUCACUUUAA